GCGGAUGUGACGUGUGGAUUCCGCUUUCAGCUAUAAAUAAGUAUUUUGUGCAUGUUGGUAUAUGUUACUAAAUUCUGACGUUUUUUAUUUAGAAUUUUAAGCCAGUAUUGAUCAUGUUUGUCACCGUGGACGAGAGAUACUUUUAUUUAUUUGCCUUCCCUCUGCUGAUAAACAACGUGUUGGGUCAGAGCGUCCGUCUGGUUAAUGGAACUCUAGGACGUAGCGUCAUCUUACCGUGCUCAACCAGUGAUGUUAAAACGAACGUGUAUUGGCGAUACAAAGACAGCAUCACGGUGUGCGACAUCAUCGAUGGCCAAACGGACUUUGAUGAGCAGUACGUAAAGUACAAGGGCAGGGUGGAGACUUUUCAGACAGAGUUUCCAAAAGGCAACUUUUCCAUCAAACUGAACAACUUGACGAUGUUUGAUGCUGGAAUUUAUACCUGCAACUUCCCAUAUACACUUAUACCGGUGACAGUGCACCUGAAAGUUACAGUGUCUCACAGAAAAUUUCAGACAGCUGAUAAAGAUGAUAAAGAUGAACCUUGCAGAAAUCUUCUGAUCGUUUCCAGAACAGUGACCUGCAUCGUGAUGGCGUCUCAGUCUGGAUCAGGAGCCAGUGUGAAAGAACAAAUUCACAGCAGCUCAGUGGUUCACAGAAGAUCUCCAAAAACCCAAACACAACCUCCUGGUUUACAUCAGCAACAGGACAACGUCAACCCUGUGUAUGCUGAGGUGCAGUACAACGCGACAAACAGUUGUGUCACCACGACUGGCCCCAACAGCACAUACAUUCUACUGCAGGCACCAAAACCGUGACCCGGCAAGACCUCACCUAGAACGGUGACCUCACCCAGACCUCCCACAUCACAUAGACUUUAUAUGCUAUUUCUUCAUAUUCAUGAAUUCCACUUUUCUAAACUACUGAUUUGUGAUGGACAAUUCACUAAAGAUUCAUUUGUGCAACCAGAUGAAUCAGCUCACAAGCACAAACAAAUCUUCAUCUUCUUCAUUUUUAAAGCCUACUUUUUCUAAUAUAAAUGUAUAUAUUUAUAUUUAUAAUGGGAUUUUUUUAUAUGGAUUUAGUUACAAAUUAAACUUUGACAGUGUUAGAGUCGUGUAAAGAGAUUAUGUGAAAGAAUCAAAUCACUGAGGUGACUCAGUUGGCUGAAGGCAUGUCUAGUCAGUGUUCUGGCUAGAAAGUCAGCCACUUUAACAAGCAUUUAAAAUAAUAAGAAGAAAAGCAUUCAGUUUGUACUGAGAAGACUUUUUGUCGUUAUUUGCCGUUUCACUGGUCGAGAGAUUCACCAUUAUGUGUUGAACGGGUUUAAAACAAUAAAAACGAUGCUGUGAGUCAAAUGUAGCUACAGACAGACAUUGCGACUUCCUGUCCAUACAAUUAGUGAUGAUUCAGUUCAAGAAAAGAGGCAAAAUCAGUGAUUAAUUGAUGAUGUGUUUAUGUAUUUACAGUAGUUUAUGAUAUACAGACUGGUGGUGAAUGACACCUAUACUAUCACUUAGGAGCAGAACGUUCCUAGUUUACAAGACCUUUUGUUUAAAAGUGAGAGUAUAGAGUUUUAAUUUUUAGAUUAAAUUCAUUAGCUUGUUAAAACAAAGAAGCAAUUAUGUCAAAUGUUGUACUAACAAAAUAUACAUCAAGCCUCGCAUAGUAUAACCUUUACAAAUAAAUAAACACCAAUGACCUUUCUCUCCUAUAUAACAAGUCUGUGAUAUGGGCGUUGUGAAAAAAAUCACACAUUGCAACAUGCACAACUUCGUUUCCUUCUUUGUGGUUUUGCACCUUUAGCAUCGGGUUUGAUUAUAAAAUGAAGGCCUGUUGGUCUCAGUACAAGUGGCAGGAAAAGCUUUUUUAUGUGUGAUUUGUGGCUGAACUGCAUGAAGUUUAUUUAUUUAUUUGAUUAUUUAUUUAUUUUUUGCAAAGAUCUGAAUAAUCUUUCUAGUUCAUUUUAUUACUGCUUCAUUUCUACCGUGACCUAGAACCCAGAAAGGAACUUUGUGACACUUGUGGAAAAACAUCACAAUCAUGUGAUUCAAACAUACAGUUUCCAAAAAGGCAUGAGGUGUGUGUACUGGCUUGUAUUGGACUAACUUUUUUUUAUACUAAUAUGUCCAGAAUGUCUUUACAGUGUUUCUCCUGCUUUAGUGAUCAUCUGAGAGGUCCUCCGGUUUCUCCCACUAUAGCAGACUCAGGUGUGCUGUUGGUGAGCCACAAUUCCUCAUUUCUUCAUGUGUGUUCCGUUGUAAAGAAAUGCAGUCCAGUUGGUUGUCCAUGGAGUAAACACUGGAUAAAACAAUGGGUAUUAUGGCCGGUAUGACUUGAUUAGCCUUGAGCCUAGCGCUGCGGUACCUGCCGCAGGCGAGAACACGGUGGCUGAGGAGAGACAUCUAGUGUCAGCAUGCGGUACUGCAACAACAACACUUUACCCUGUUUAUUCCUGUUAUAGUUUUCCACUUUGAUCAACUAAUAGAAAAAAGACAUGAUUUAUUGCAGUAUAAUAUAAUAUAAUAUAAUAUAAUAUAAUAUAAUAUAAUAUAAUAUAAUAUAAUAUAAUAUAAUAUAAUAUAAUAAACGGUAUUGUAUAGAUCAAGCUACACAAAUCUAGAUGAAUGAGUAAAGCCCAACAGUACAGGUAUACAAACUUUUGUCAUUUAUUAUAUGGAAACAGAAUCACAAAUAAUGUUUUGCAGAAACCGAAGAUUUUAUAGAAAUAUUCCCUAUUACACUAAAACUUUUAGUCAUUUACAAAAUAUUUAAAAAAAAAUACAAACAGGCCCUUUAUGUUUUAUUUAAGAUAAACUUUGAGAAUGAGAGCUCUUGAUGCAUUUACGAUCACAUCCUGAUGUCUUUUGUGUGCUUCUGUAGAAAAGUUUCAUACAGGUGCAGAAGGAUGACGUUUUCACUGUUGUAGAGUUUACACAGCUUCCUCUUGAGGCCUAAACACAGGGCUGUGGUCAAGACCUGCACACCAUCAGCAUCAGGCAGCCUGUGUGAUAGACUGCUUCUGCUUACGUGCUUGUCUUCUGCGGUGAAAUUGUCUCUGAUGUGCUUUUUUUUUAGACAAACUGAACUCAAAGUGAAGAUUCAGGCCAAUUUAACACAUUGUGAACCAUUAGUAUGGGAGAUCGAUUUAAUGUUUAAAGCUGUAAUAAAAUUCUCUUGUAAAUAAAACUUUUAUUUCAGAAAAAGGGUCUCGACUUGAAUUGUCUUCCUUCUGCUCAAAGAUGAUGAUGAUUUAAGACGCACAGGAAAUGGAGUGAAUUUAAAAAGAAUACUCACAAUAAUCAUUGAGAUUCUUGAGACGAUAUAAACAAAGGGGUUUUCUGUGGUCUUGAACAUCAUCUAUUGUUAUAAUGCUGGGAUACCACUAGAGGAGCUGAGGGAUUAUUUGUGUCUGAUUGUGUGUGUGUGUGAUUGUGUGUGUGUGUGAUUGUGUGUGUUUGUGUGUGUGUGUGUGUGUGUGUGUGUGUGUGUGUGUGUGUGUGUGUGUGUGUGUGUGUGUGUGUGUGAUAAACCUGCUUCCGUUUCCAAAAUGAUAAAGCCACAGAUUAGAAAGAAUCAGCUCUGAUUACUGACUGUCUCUCAGAGAUGUUCUCAGUGUCUGUGGAGCUCCACAUGUUCUCCUCAUGUCCACAUGGACUUCCCUUGGAUUCCUCUCACCUAAUAAAACAUACCAGUGUGUGGAUGGGUGUCUCAAAAUAACCCCUAUUAUGACUGUAUGUGCAAAUGAUGCGCUGAUAAGGACAUGUGCACAAAUUGAAGGUCAAUUCCAGUUUAUAUUUCAUACUGGAUCCAUUAUAGUCCAUUCAGAUCCCUGACCAGAUAAUGUAUGUUUUACAAAUGACUGAAAAAUGUAAUGCAUAACUUCUGUAAAAUCUCCUAUUUUUGUACACAGAUUAAAUAAACAUUCUUUCUAAAGUGUGGAGGAGAUUUUAGAAGGAAAAAAAAAGAAUGCGGUCUGAGCACUUCCUCUCUCUGUCCUGUGUUUCACGCCUAACAAAAAGUGUUUCCUGACUUGAAGCAGAGCGACAGAGUGUCGAGAGAUCGUGUCGAGCAUUCAGCAUGAGGAUCAUACAACUUCAGCUCUAUCUGCUUGUGUUCUGUGGAGCUGCUGAAUGUUUCACAGAGAAGUCUGUAGAUUUGGGACAAAAUGUGACUCUAGAGUGUGAAGUGGCUGUAAAUAAUGUGUACUGGUUCCUGAUGAAGGCGUCAGAACCUCCAGUGUUAAUAUUACGCUCUUUUACAAAUAAACCUUCGGGUGCACAAUACAGUAACACAACCUUCAAAAAGAGAUUCUCACUGCAGUAUAACAGCAGUUUAUUUAUACACAAUAUCAGUACUAAUGAAUUAGGAGUCUAUUAUUGUAAUCAUACUGGUUCGCCUUCAAACAUCAGCCGUGGAAUCAGACUUUACAUCCAGAGUCACUCAGCUGGAAAUCAGACCACGAUCAGAGAAGAUAAACAGAUGCAGAAUCAGACGGACGAGGAAUCUAAAGUGAUCUGUUCCUCACAACCUCUCAUCGUAUCGGUAAUAAUGAACUGCGCUCUGGCUCUAGUGGUUACAGUCUUUACAGUUGAGCGCUGCAGAAGAUCUCCAAAAACCCAAACACAACCUCCUGGUUUACAUCAGCAACAGGACAACAUCAACCCUGUGUAUGCUGAGGUGCAGUACAACGCAAGGAACAGUUGUGUCACCACGACUGGCCCCAACAGCACAUACGCUCUGCUGCAGGCACCAAAACCGUGACCCGGCAAGACCUCACCCAGAAAGGUGAUUUCACCCAGACCUCCCACAUCACAUGGACUUUAUAUGCUAUUUCUUCAUAUUCAAGAAUUCCCUUUUUCUAAGCUACUGAUUUGUGAUGGACAAUUCACUAAAGAUUCAUUUGUGCAACCAGAUGAACAAACCAAGUACAAACAAAUCUUCAUCUUCUUCAUUUUUUAAAGCCUACUUUUUAUAAUAUAAAUGUAUAUAUUUAUAUUUAUAAUGGGAUUUUUUUAUAUGGAUUUAGUUACAAAUUAAACUUUGACAGUGUUAGAGUUGUGUAAAGAGAUUAUGUGAAAGAAUCAAAUCACUGAGGUGACUCAGUGGGCUGAAGGCAUGUCUAGUCAGAAUUCUGGCUAGAAAGUCAUCCACUUUAACAAGCAUUUAAAAAUAAUAAUAAGAAAAGCAUUCAGUUUGUACUGACAAGACUUUUUGUCGUUAUUUGCCGUCUCGCUGGUCGAGAGAUUCCCAUAAUGUGCUGAACGGGUUUCAGAUUCAGUGUUUACAGUUGGUUUGUGUGUCUUAAAUAUGACAAUGUGCAAUGAAAUAAAGUAUCUUUAGCCUGAA